AUGGCGACUCCACCAGAACCAUUCGAGAUGACGGACAUUCAAGCCAGACCAAGCUCACCACCAACACCACUAGUCACCCUUUCAGACCUCAAAGAAUCAUCCAUAUCCCCCACUUUUUGGUACCGAGUCCACGUCCUCCUUUUCGACCUGAAGAACUUCGAUAACGCCUCGUCCAAGAAGCGUCUGGAUAAAGUCACAGACUCGUCUUACAUCGACAAACCAUAUUUCUCCCCAGAAGAAGCCGAGAAAAUAAAGAACAUUGUUACAGACACCAGCGGAAAGACAUUCUCAGAAACGCUAGAGGAAGGCUUGAAUGAGCGACUGGAAAGACGGAAGAAGAAGCGUGCUCAGAGUGGCGACUUCCGAGUCUGUGCGGCACACGAUCUUGCCCCGCUCAUAGCAAGUGCGCUGGGAAUUGAUCUUAAACAGAUGGAGAAAGACAAGGAUUUCGCUAAGGUGGUUGAAGAAAAGGGACUGAAUUUGCGUGGGGAAAUCUGGGGCGGGUUGAAAAAGAAAUCUUUUGCGCCCAAGAAUAAGAGACGAUGA